GGAACAAGGCUAUAGCAUACAAAUUUGUUGAAGUUGAAUUGAGAUAUUGUUUAAAUAAAAUCAUCAAAUAUCUUCUGUCAUCAUAUUUAUGUUUGGAAAGACCAUGCUGUCUCAAGACGACAAUUGCAAUCCGAUUCAGUUUCGGAUCGGCUUUCAAGGCGAGCGUUUGUAGUUCUUCUACCUGAUCUUUCUGAGAUGUCUCAACCCAGGCCGAUUUUGUAUUACGACGAUCGCAGUCCUCCUGUACGCAGUUGUCUUAUGCUAAUCAAACUUCUGGAUAUCGACGUAGAGCUAAGGUUUGUGGAUCUUUUCAAGGGCGAUCAGUUCCAGAAAGAUUUCUUGGAGUUGAACCCGCAGCACAGUGUUCCCACUUUGGUGCACGGUGAUGUGGUGCUGACCGAUAGCCAUGCUAUACUCAUUCAUCUGGCGGAAAAGUACGACAAAACUGGAAAUCUGUGGCCCCAAGAGCAUAAAGAACGUAUGAAGGUCCUGAACCUCCUACUCUUUGAGUGCUCCUUCCUGUUCCGCCGUGACAGUGAUUUCAUGUCCGCGAUUGUCCGCCAGGGAUUCGGCCAGGUCGAUGUGCCUCACCAUGAACGCAAACUGACCGAGGCAUAUAUCAUCAUGGAGCGCUACCUGGAAAACAGCGAUUUCAUGGCCGGGCGACAGAAUUUCACCUUUGCUGCCACGGUUUCAGCUGACGCUCGCCGACUUAUCCAUCGUGACCACAUUGAGCACCGUCAAUCUCAUGUUUCCCCUGUCGCAGUUCCCACGUCUGCGGCGCUGGUUCACCGCGAUGCAGCAGCUGGCUGCCUACGAGGCCAACUGCAGCGGAUUGGAGAAGCUGCGUCGAACGAUGGAGAGCGUCGGGAGCUUCCAGUUCCCAGCCCCAUCCUUCACAGCCCCGGAGCAUGGGGUCUAGCUCCGGACGGUUAUUAAAAUCCAUGUUUAACUUGACUUCGAGUCGGGCGUAAUGUGUGCAUUGCAGGUGAAGGGUUUACAGUGGGAUCUCUAAAAUAAGCAACUACAUUGCUAGAUUUUUAAACUCCAAAUAUGUAUCUUAAAACAAGAAAGGAAGUUAACUUCGGCUUGCCCUUGCAGUUAUAAAAAAUAAUCAAUAAUUUUAUUAAAUUGAAUUCGAAAUUCUUAAAAAUAUAAAAAUUUAUUUUCCCAAUAUUAUAAGAUAAUAUGUCAAAUAGCCCCAAAGCUAUAAUUUGUUUCAAAUUAUUUCCGUCCAAUUAUCCGAUUAUCCGUUCCUAUGACAGCUAUAUGAUAUAGUCGUCCGAUUUUAAUAUAAUUUAAUUCGAGCUUAUAAGGUUAUAUGUUAAAAACAUCAAAGAUAUAAUUUUUAUUUCAUGUUUUAUAUAAUUUAUAUAAUUUUUCAAUUUUAUUUUACCACUAAUUUUCCGAUUGUUAUAUGAUAUAUUCGUCCGAUUCAAAAUUCAGAUCUAAUUUAAAAAUGAUAUAUCCAAGCUUAGAAAGGUAUAUGUUACAAAACACCAAGGAUAUAAUUUUUUUUUUAAAUUUUUUCCCCGAUAGUUCCUAUGGGAGCUAUAAGACAUAGAUGUAUGAUCCGGCUGGAUCCGACUUAUAUACUACCUACAAUAGAAAGAAGACUUUUGGGAAAGUUUCAACCCGAUAGCUUUAAAACUGAGAGACUAGUUUGCGUAGAAACGGACGGACAGACGGACGGACAUGGCUAGAUCGACGUCUCCUUUACUGCGUUGCAAACUUCUGACUGAAAUUAUUAUACCCUCUGCAAGCGUAUAAAAAUUCUGUACAUUUAAAUGAUUCAUAACAAAUAGUAAACAAAUGAGUUAAAUGUCUUCGGUAUAAAUAAAAGCGUAAAAUGAAA